UGUAAAGUUCACGUGAAGAAGAAGAAGAAGAAGAAGAAGAAUCUGCAGCAGAAGACGAAGAAGACGAAGAAGAAGAAGAAGAAGAGUCCAUGAAUCCUCUCUGUUCACUCUCUGGUUUCAUCGACUAAUUACAGAGGUGGUUGCUAAGAGAUGAUGAUCUGGGACAUUGUUGAAAGCCUCUGAUGUACAGCAGCCUGAAGCGCCACUUCUCCGGGAUCACUCCCCGCACCCCUGUCUGCACCUGACUCAUGUGAAGUGACACGACAAACGCUUUUGCAUCAACGCGAGCACCAUGGCGGCUUUUACUGUUCCCAGUACCACCGCCAGCACCAAGACCACCGCUGCAGCCAGGACAGCAAGCAGGCAAAGGCAAGGAGGCAGCGGGGAGAGUAAAGACAUGGGACAAAACACCUUUCUGGAGAAGACCCAUGAGUUUUUCCAGAUGUGUGACGUCGAGAACAAGGGCUUCAUCACCCGGCGCGACAUGCAGAGGCUGAACGGCGAGCACCCUCUCAGCGCAGAGGAGCUGGAGAACGUGUUCGAUACCCUCGAUUCCGACGGCAACGGAUACCUUACCCACGACGAGUUCUCCUCGGGCUUUAGCGAGUUUUUAUUUGGCCAGAGGGUUUCUGUAGAGGAAGACAUGGGGGAGCAUAACCCCGGUAAGAGUUCACCAGAGGUCCUGUACCAGACGCAGUGGGAGGAGAGCCUGACGAGAGGAGACGACGAUGAGGAGGAGAAACACUUCUGCAUGCUAAUGGAGAACCUCGGAGCCAACAGUGUUUUUGAAGAUCCUGCUGAGGUGCGUGGUCUGUGGGCUCAGCUGCGUCGGGAUGAACCACAUCUUUUAUCCAAUUUUGAGGACUUCUUAUCCAGAGUGACGUCCCAGAUAAAAGACGCCAACCAGGACAAGAGGGAGAUGGAGAGCGCUCUUGAAAGAAAAGCAGCAACACAUGACGAUGAGAUAAGACGCCUGUACGAGGAAAUGGAGCAGCAAAUCAAAAAUGAAAAAGACAGGAUCGUGCUGCAGGACUACGAGCGGUUUCUGUCUCUGAGUCAAGACCUGGAGCUGCAGCUGUCCGGUAAAGAGAAAGAGUUGGAGCAUCUCUUCCAGAAACAGGGAGGGCUGGAGCGUCAGUGCAAAGACCUCCACAGCGAACAACACGUGACCAAAGUGGAGAACGUGAAGCUGAAGCAGACAAACGACGAGUUGGCGCGGGAGCUGGGUCACACCACCCAGGAGCUGAGCCUGGCCCAGGAGCAGCUGGGUUUCCUGCAGGAGCAGUCCACACGGCUCCACGAGGAGAAGGAGAUGGAAAUCUACAGACUGACUGAGGGACUGCAGAGAGACAGAGCGAGUCUCCUCAAACAACUGGACCUGCUGAGGGAAAUGAACAAACAUUUACGAGAUGAAAGGGACAUUUGCUAUCAGAAUCCAAAGCAUCACAACACGCCAGCAGGUUAUAAGCAGAGGCCACUAAUCGGUGUUGUCAAACAAAUGAACACAAACGUCUUCAAUAGUGGGGAUGAGGAGGAGCUGACGUCCAGCUCUGUGAGGCCGAAUCUAACCAAUGGGUCCUAUCAGCCGUCCUGCCCAGCGGAGAGGAGAGGUCACCUCCGGAGGAUCAUCUCCAUUGAGGAGGACCACCUCCCACACUUGCUCCUGAAUGACUGUCAAGCACAAACUCCUCUUCAUGAGUGUAAUGAAGGAGAGGAGGCUUUCGACAACGAGGAGAAUAUUGACUUGGUGAUGAGUGAUAUUGAUCCAUGUGCGUCUCCUGCCCAGCAGCAGCAGCAGCAGCAGCCGGGAAAUAUGGAUGAAAGAGAUACUCCCACUUCUCCAAGGGGUCAGCCUGUUGGCAAGGAGACCAGUGUAAAUGAGGAAGGUGGCCUCUCGCCUCCGGACCGCCUCUUCAAGAUCGUCCUGGUGGGGAACUCGAGUGUGGGAAAGACCUCCCUCCUUCAGCGGUUUUGUGACAACUGCUUCAACCCGGGAAACUGUGCCACUGUGGGUAUAGACUACAGUGUAAAGACAAUAGCAGUGGACAGCAGCCGGGUGGCGCUGCAGAUGUGGGAUACAGCAGGACAGGAGAGGUUUCGAAGCAUCACCAAACAGUUCUUUCGAAAGGCUGACGGCGUGGUUGUGAUGUACGACAUCACAGCACAGCAGAGCUUCACUGCUGUCAGACAGUGGCUGACGAGCGUAAAGGAAGGAGCUGGGGAGGACAUUCCCAUCCUGCUUCUGGGAAACAAAACAGACAAGGAGAUUGAGAGACAAGUUCAGAAAGGUCUGGGUGAAAGACUGGCCAAGGACUGCCAAAUGGCUUUCUAUGAGUGCAGCGCCUGCUCAGGACACAAUGUGUUGGAGUCCAUGGUUCAUUUAGCCAGAAUUCUGAAGGAGCAAGAAGACAGAGAGAAGGUGAAGACGGUGGAGCUGCUCGGCAGCCAAUCAGCGAAGAGCAAAUCCUGCUGCUAACAGUUAAACACACAAACACACACACAAACACACACACACACACAGCAGCACUACCCUUUACUAACACACGUCAGUGAGGAAGCUUUAUGUCUAAUGUCAAGUGUUUUUCACCUGCUCCUCAGCCUCAUAGCAGAAACACCAAACUAUCUGUCACAGAUGUUAUUGUACUGGUACAAUAUUCUUCUACACAUGAUUUAUCAAAGUAAUUUAGUUAAAAAUAACUUGUAUUUUUCAUGACGAUGUAGUAAAGUUAUAAUAUUAUACCAAUGUUAGAAAUGGUCAAAUGUUCCCUGUGAGGGUUUGAUAUAAAAAUAACUGAACAAAUUCUUUCCACACACUUUAUCAGUUUUUAAAAUUCAACAUAAAUGAUCCGUCACUCUGACUGAAACUCUCACAUAUUUAUGAAAGUCCCUCUAUCUGAGCAUUCUGGCAUUUGACUGUGUGUAAUAUUGUAUCAUCCAGUGUUAUGUGUAAAUUUUUUGCUGUUUUGCUUCGUCACUUUGUGUUCACAUGCAGAACAUGACAUGAAAACAGACAUGUGACUUAUCUUACUUAAUGUUUGUGAUGCUUCAGGAUAAUGUGUCUCAGUUUCUGACAAAUUACGAAAUUAUCAUACAGCUCAGAACAGAAGUAAUGUACCGAAGACAGAUUAUUGCCAAGUUUAAAUGAGAAGUCCCAGGAUCAAAUGUAGUAUUUCUUUCUUUGCUGUUAUAUAUAAUAUCAUUAUAUUUGACAUGUGUUCAUAUUUGUACAGUUUGAUUGCACAAAAUAUUUAUUCUGUAUCUGGAUGAUCUGCCUCAGUGUUGAAUCAGGGGACGUUGUCAGUGUGUCACAGCUGCACAGGGUUUGGGUUUGACUCUUUAAAAUAUUCACUAAUAGUGCUCCACUACUGCCAGUAUCACUUUCAUGUAUAUACAAAAAAUGUAAAUAGCACAAAACAAAAAAUAAACAAAUGUGUCCAUAUUAUAUGUAAAAAAAUAAAUAAAUGUUGUUUACAAAUCA